AUGCCGACCAUGUGGCUCACUGAUACCCAAAAGAUUGGGGUCGCCUUCUGUUCAGGGGGCGGCUUCUUUCUACUGGGCGGCGUCAUGAUGUUUUUUGAUCGAUCGAUGCUCGCCAUGGGCAACAUCCUCUUCAUCAUCGGCCUAACCCUCAUAAUCGGCUUCCAAAAGACCGCCUCUUUCUUCGCGCGCCGCCAGAAGUGGAAAGGCACUGCCGCAUUCGCCGCCGGCAUCAUUCUCAUCCUUAUUCGCUGGGCGUUCUUCGGUUUCCUGAUCGAGUUGUAUGGGAUAGCGGUGCUGUUCGGAGAUUUCUUUGCGACGAUAGCGGGGUUCGUGGGGAAUAUUCCGGUGGUGGGACCGUAUAUUGCGAGGGCGUUGGAGAGGAUCGGGGCGGUCUCGAGGAAUAGCGAACUGCCGGUUUGA